GCCAUAAUUAAAUGUCUCGCAUGCCAAGAAACGAACAUUUCUCGUUUUCCACAAAAGAAAAAAUUUAUUAUUUCUCCCGUCGCAGAAUUGUUGCUGGGCUGUCGGCCUAAGCAAAACUACUUCACCAGGAAUUAUUGGUGCAAUUGAACGCCAGUCAUCAAAGCGAUGUCUUCUUUCUUUUCCACCUCAGGCCCUCCGAAGAAGCGCAAACGACCAGAAGCAGCUGCAUUCUCCGGUCGGGGAAAAUCUAAGAGGCCAAGGGAAUCUUAUAAGAAUGCGCUGGAAGACGACGAUAUACCAAGUGGCUCCGAAAGUGGUGAUGGGGGGGGAAGUAAGAAGGCACUAAGUGAGGAUGAAGAGGACGAGGAUGAGGUGUUUGCCGGGGAGACAGUAGCAGAGAAGAGGUUGAGGCUUGCUCAGCAGUACCUAAAUAACCUUCGAGUAGAAGCUGGUAUAUUUACAACAUUCAAUUAGAACUAUAAAUGCUGACGAGAAUGAGCGAUAGAUGAAGUAGGAUUUGAUGCCGCUGACAUCGAUCGCGACAUAAUUGCCGAGCGUCUGAGAGAGAGCGUGGUACGUAUAUUUUAUAGCAGCUGCAAAGUAUCUGCAAGCUAACGCUAUAACUAUUAAGGCGGAGGAGAAAGGUAAAGUCUACAGAUAUAUCUCCUCACAGCUCUCCUUCGCUACCGCAGAUUCUACCCUCUUCCGUAUGGAUUCCGGGCCUACUACAGGCGUCGCAACAUGUUCCCCGUUCAUCUACACUAUCACCAAAGACGGCUAUCUUAUAAAGUGGGAACUCCCGGUACAUCCGCAUCCUCCUUCUACCGGCACAAACCACACGGUCUCGAAAAAGCCAAAACGACUCACAUACGUCCGGGCCUGUCGCAAAGAGGAUGCAGCCGGUUUUCAAGGUCAUACAGAGUCAAUCCUGUGUGUUGCAGCGUCGCAGGAUGGAAAGUUUGUUGCAACAGGAGGACAAGAUACGAGGAUAGUCAUAUGGGACUCAGAACUGAAAGCUUUGAAAGUUUUCAAAUUCCACCGCGGAGCGGUGACUGGUCUUACCUUCCGGCGUGGGACCAAUCAGUUGUAUUCCUGCUCCGCCGACCGCAGUGUUAAGCUGUGGAGUCUGGAUGAGCUAGCAUAUGUUGAGACUUUGUUCGGUCAUCAAGAUGAAGUUGUAGGUAUCGCUGCGCUAGCCGGUGAGCGAUGUGUGACGGUCGGCGCCCGAGACCGUACGGCAAGACUGUGGAAGAUUGUGGAGGAAACUCAACUUGUGUUCCGCGGAGGUGGAGGAAGUGGUGGAGCUGAGUCAAGAAAGUCCCGGAAAAACAAGGAUGGGAGCAAACGCUACGAGGAAGGCACAAUCGACUGCGUGGCCAUGAUAGACGAGGAGCACUUUGUUACCGGUAGUGAUAAUGGGUAUGCAUACACUUUCCCCAAGCUUCUAUCCGCACUAACUGUAGUCACGCAGUGACAUCUCCCUCUGGUCCAUCCUCAAGAAAAAGCCCAUCCACACAAUCCAGCUCGCCCACGGGCUCCAGCAAACCCUCCUCCCGGCCGAACACACCGCUGAAUCCAACCCUGCCGAUCCACCACCAGAGCCAUGUCCCCACUACAUCACCGCCUUAGCCGCAGUCCCCUAUUCAGACCUAAUCCUCUCCGGUAGCUGGGACAACAAAAUUCGCGCUUGGAAGGUCUCCUCCGACAAGCGCAAACUCGAGCCCCUCGGAGCUCUCGGCCCCUCUGGCAAGAGCGCUAUUCGCGGCGUAGUGAAUGGGAUAUCUAUUGUUGAGCGUGGCGAGAAAGGGAAGGAGGUUCUAGCUGUAUGUGUCGGUACUGGGAAAGAACUGAGGUUAGGAAAGUGGCUUAAGGUGGAUGGGAGAAACGGAGGAUACGUUAUUGAGGUGAAUAGAAAGGAGGUUGAGAAGCCAGCUCUAAUCAAGCAAAGUGAAAGUGAUCAGCCCGUGGAAGAGGGAGUUGAGGAACCGAUCUCGAUUACACCGGCUGAGGUUGAUAAACCCUCAGAGGGCGAGGAGGGCGAGUAGCUGUGCGAUAGUGUGUAUUUGGUAGAAAAAAGUAUGGGGAGUUUUUUGUAUUCAAUUACUUUACAAUAAUCCACCUUUGGGCUUUAUCAGACAAUCAACUGUGGAGUGCCAUACAAUCAGCAACAAACAGAUCACAAAUU